AUGCCAUACGUUGAAUCACCCGAAUCAUGUCCUCCAGAUGAGGAUGUUCAAUUAGAACCAAUUGCUAUUUGCGGAAUGGCGUGUCGACUGCCAGGUGCUGUUGACGGGCCCUCGGAUCUCUGGCAGAUGCUACUCGAUAAGCGGGUUGGGAACAGCGAAAAGGUUCCUAAGUCCCGUUUCAAUAUCAAUGCCUUCUUACACUCUAACGAAGAUCGACCCGGUAGCAUCAAAAUUCCCGGUGGUUACUAUCUGGAUGGAAAUGCUGAGAAUUUUGAUCCAACAUUCUUCAACAUGACCCCUGUGGAGGCCAUGUGGCUUGAUCCACAACAGCGGAAAAUGCUUGAAGUCUGCUAUGAGGCUCUUGAAUCCGCAGGUGUAACUCUAAGUCAUGUCGCUGGAAGCAACACUGCGGUAUUUUGUGGCUCGUUCACUGCCGAUUACCAACAGAUGACAUUCAAGGAUCAUGACUUUCGACACAAUUACGCAGCUACUGGUGUUGAUCCCGGAAUAAUCAGUGCUCGUAUUGGAAACAUAUUUGAUUUAAGAGGCCCUAGUGGUUUAAUCAAUACCGCUUGCUCCUCAGCCGUCUAUGUUGUACACAAUGCGUGUCAUGCGCUGCGCGCCCGAGACUGCGAUGCAGCGCUGUGCGGCGGCGUUAAUAUCAUCAUAUCUAUCGACCAACACAUGAAUACAGCUAAUCUAGGCAUUAUGUCGCCGACAAACAUGUGCCACACCUUUGAUGCAUCUGCAGAUGGGUAUGGUCGUGCUGAGGGGGCUGGAGCCCUUUACCUAAAGAGACUGGAUGACGCUGUCCGCGAUGGCGAUGUGAUUCGUUCUGUGAUUCGCUCUUCCGCCUGCAAUACUAAUGGAAAGGUUCCUGGAUACGGAAUUACCUUCCCUAGUAUCGAAGCCUACUUUGAGACGCAUGGCACCGGUACUCCCGUAGGCGAUCCCAUUGAAGUUAAAGCUGUUUCGAGAGCUAUGAAUGACACUCGUUCGCCUAAUAAGCCACUACUUCUGGGUGCCAUUAAACCCAACAUCGGUCAUAGUGAAGCUGCUAGUGGUAUCUUUGCCAUAAUCAAGGCUUCUCUCAUGGUGGAGAAGGCCGUCAUUCCAGGUGUUGCUGGUCUCAAGAAUCUCAAUCCAGCUAUUCACGAAAAGGAGUGGAAUGUCGUCAUCAAUCGUGAUGCUCGCGCUUGGCCUGAUGGAUUCGAAUCGCGGAGGGUUAGCAUUUCAUCCUUCGGCUACGGCGGCACUAAUGCGCACGUUAUCUUGGAAAAUGUCGAGGCCUUGGUUCCAAACUACAGUCAUGUCGCAUUGAAGGCUCAAGGACCGAUCACUGAGGUUGUCUCUGAGGUCUCGGAGGACCGACCACUACUGCUGACAAUGUCGGCCCACGACAAGACAACGUUGACAAAAAAUAUUAGAGCGCAUGCGGCGGUUGUGGAUUACUACAAUCUUCACGAUUUUGUCUACACACUUAACAAUAAGCGCAGCGUGUUAAGUACCAAGGGCUUCAUCAUUACUACCGAGCAGGCUGUAGCCAAGGAUUUGAAUGGCGAAAAUUUCAGGUUCACGUCAAGCUCUACACCAGUUGAGAAAGUAGCUUUCCUUUUCACCGGCCAGGGUGCAGCGUGGCCUACUAUGGGAAGAGAGGCAAUCAAGCACUUUCCAUUGUUUCGUAGGGUUAUUAAAAAGCUUGAUAUCGUUCUCGGGGGUCUUCGACAUCCCCCAAACUUCUUAAUUGAACAACAACUGUCCUGCUCCAAGGAGGAGAGUAAAUUGCACGAUCCGAAUGUGGCUCAGGCUACUCUUACUGCCAUACAAAUUGCCGUGGUCGACCUUCUCGCGUCCUGGGGAAUUGUACCUGAAGCAACCAUCGGUCAUUCCGCUGGCGAAAUCGCGGCAUGUUACGCAGCAGGCUUGAUAUCUGCCCCUGCAGCUAUUGUUGCAAGUUAUUACCGUGGUUAUUGUCUUAGGACUUUUGGUCCGUCAGGCGGCUCUAUGUUGGCAGUUGGGAAGGGUGUUGACGAUCUUGACUUAUCUAAACUCGGCCCUAAUCUCAGCGUUGCAUGCGAGAAUUCGCCCAACAGUGUGACACUCAGUGGCCCUGCUGCUGAGAUUGAAGAGGCCCGGGAAAUGUUUGCUGCACAGCAAGUCUUUGCGCGUGAGGUUCGCACUGGCAUGGCUUAUCAUUCGAAUUACAUGCAGAAUUUUGCCGAGCCAAUGGCCAACUACAUUGAUAGCGCCGUAGCUGGUCUAGACAGCCCUGAUCAUCAGUGGCGUCAGGACCCUAAACCAAUGCUAUCCACUGUCACUAAUAAGAUGUUAAAUAGUCUUGAUGUUGAUGGUCGAUACUGGGCUAAGAACUUGACAAAUCCAGUAAAGUUCAACACAGGUGUUUCAUUACUUGCCAGUAGUGGAAGUCUUAAGGAUGUGCAAGGUUUUAUUGAGGUCGGACCUCAUUCUGCUCUCGGCGGGCCAUUCAAGCAGAUAUGCCAAUCGAAUAAGUUGAGGUUCGCCUAUGUUCCAACUAUUGUGCGCCCUGAAGGUAAUGCUGCUAUCAGCUUACUGAAGACUGCCGGUGUCCUUUUUGUAGAAGGCUACCCCGUCAAUUUGCUUGCGGUCAACAAGUCAGAGCUCAAAGGACUAAGCUCCCCUCAAACAGUUGUUGACCUCCCGAGAUAUCAGUGGAAUUACGAGAAGAUAUUCUGGGCAGAGCCUCGAGCUAACUUUGAGUAUCGUCAUCUUACUCAUGCUCGGCACGAUCUUCUUGGUCGGAGGAUUCUCGGCUUGUCAGAUAAUAACAUAGCCUGGCGGAAUGUGUUGCGUCUGAAGGAUGUGCCAUGGCUUGAAGACCACAAGCUUGGUGGAUCAAUCAUCUUUCCAUGUGCUGGACAUCUAGCGUUAGCUAUUGAGGCUGUCCGCCAACGCUGCGACGUAAUCGGUCUUGAGUCUAUAGGCACUACAUUACGAAACGUGGAACUCAAGGAAACGUUGGUGAUCCCACCAACAGACGCAGGCAUUGAAAUACAAGUUCGAUUAACAUCUUCAUCAUCCAAAACAGAGCCCACGUCUUACUCUUUUGCUGUGGAAUCCGUCAACGACAACGGCAUUUGGACUAUUCAUUGUACUGGCACAUGCACAGCCCAAACAGUUGGCUCGGAGCCUCCCAGCGAGAAACACCCCGUCAAUUUUGAUAAUUUGACGCAGCGCCAUUCCGGGAAGACAUGGAAUGAGACAUUUCAACGGGUCGGUUUUGAGUACGGGCGUCAGUUUGGAGCUCUAGAUAGAAUUCGUACUCACGGCAAGUAUGAAAGUCAAGCGGCAGGCAAGAUUCCGAUAACUACGAAGAGUGAAUUGAUGAAAGAUGAAUCUCGAUACUUCCUGCACCCAGCUACCGUGGACUCACUCCUGCAGCUGAUAAUAAUAGCUAUACAUGGAGGAGAUUAUCAGGAAAUGCUAUGGGGAGUCAUUCCCGUUGGCAUCGAUGAGGUAACUGUUAGGCAGGCUGGUGAAUCAGAAGGUACGGUCGGUGAUGCUGUCGCUUGGUUACCUGAAGGUCGUAAAGAUCGCUUGCGGCGCUUUUUAUCUGACGGUAAAAUCUUUGGUAAGACGGGUGAAGUUGUGUUAGACAUCAAAGGUCUACAUACCCUGGCCUACGAAGCAGCUCUGCCUCCGAGGUAUGAAGCAACACUGCCUCCCAUGCCGUAUUCUGGGGUCUCCUGGAAACUAGAUCUUGAUCAUCUUGUUUUAUCUAACGCUUACGAUCAACCAAACAGUAUGCAAGCCGUCUCAGCUGUCGUUGCACUGGUUGGGAKGGSGAGCCACAAGCAUCCCCUAAAAUAUCUUCUUCUACUAGAUGAGGACGGUGAGAUACCUGAAAUGGAGCUACUGAGAAAUACAUCAUUAAUUACAACAAUUUCUCUUGUCUCCAACAAGGAGGGGGUUAAAGAAGAUUCCAGACUUGGAAAAUUAUCUAUUCCGGAAGGCCAGUUUGCGCUUGAAGCUGUCAAUGUUGAUAAACAAGAUUUUGUCAUCUUGGGAACUAAAGAGAGCGCACAACUUCUUGAAACAGGUUCAGCUUCUUCGCUAAGAAAGCAUUUGUCUGAAAGUGGUCAUGCCGUACUUCUAUUAGAGUCCUCAGAAAUGACCAAGGCUCUGAAAAUCCUUGACACUGCUGGAUUCAAGAAUUCUGCUGUUUCCUUUGCUGAUAAGUCUUUAAUAUGGAGCAAAGCUACGAAAAAUUCCCGGACAAAUGAGUUAGUGUCUGCCACAGCACCGACGGUCGAUCUUGUCUACUCUCCAAGACACUCUGCUUCUCCCGAGGGUUUAGCUGUAAAUUUGAAGGCAUGUGGAAUCCUGGUGACUAUUCAAACACUGGAGGGAUAUACCAAUGCGUCGACUAGCAACAAACCUAUUGUGGUUUUCAAUCCCAACGCCAACCUCAUCACAGCCGCUGACUGUGAAAAUUUCGAACAUCUCAAAAAACUCCUUGGAACCAGUUCACCUAUUCUCUGGCUGACAACGGGCGUGAAUCAGGGCCAGAAUCCAUCUGCUUCAACAGUUGCUGGCCUCCUUCGCGUCGUACGAGAGGAAAACAAAACGUCCAUUGCCUCGGUCCUGGACUACGACACAAAUACCACUUUCAAAUCUCUUGCGACAGCCAUUAUUUCUAUCUUUGCUCACGAAGAUCGUCCUCGAUAUUUCGAGUCGGAAUACUGGCUUCACAAUGGUCAGAUCCAUGUGAGUCGUGUAGUUCCCAACAACAGCCUAAACAUGCGCAUGAUCGGAUCUGCAACCAGCGACAAGCCAAUCCAGCGCCUGCUUAAACGAGGAGAAUACCUCCAAGGUGUACCGAAGUACGGAGCGCUAACAUUCAGCCAAAAUGGCCGCUUGCAACGAUCUCAAAUCGGCGUCGGCGAGGUGGACAUUCAGGUUGAAGCGCUUGAAUUCCAGAAGAAGGAUAUGCAGUCUCCUCCCUCAGAUCCACGACUCGUUUACGGUACGGUUAUUGAGGUUGGGUCUGAUGUUAAGCAAAGUCUCAAGAACAAACCGAUUAUUGCAUAUACCAGCAGUGCUUAUGACACAAUUGUCAGAGUUCAGGCUGCUGCCGCUGUAGAAUUGUCGGCUGUGCCGGAAGACGUGACCAAACUAAUUCGAUCUCUACCCACCAUCAUGCAAGCGAUGAGUGCUCUCCAAGCUGCGUCGGCAUCUGCACAAAAAAUCGUUUUCCUAAUGCCUUCAUCGGAUGCUUUGAAAACUUCAACGAUAGCAAUCUGCAGGUCACUUGGAUUCCAACUAGUCAUCAUUCAAGAUGACCCCAACUUUCGAACUACGGAUCACUUGACCACCUUUCACAGCAACGAUCUUGAGGGCAUCAAUCAAGCCUUGAAGAGAGCAGGGUCUGCUGGUGUUGUAAUAGUCGAGAAUUUCUCGAAUACAAGUCAGCGCAUUUGGAAGGACAUCCCAGCAGGUGCCAGUUUUGUCGUAUCAAGCCCGGCAUCGGACAACACGCUUGAAGCUGCMCCCGACAUUACACCAUACUAUCGCGGGGCUCGUUUCAUCGUGACAAAUGUAGCUUACAGCCUUGCACUUGAUCCGACAGUAAUAGGUGGAAACCUGCAAACAGCGAUCGCUGUUGCCACACAAGAAAACAGCGAUAUCGGCGAGAAUUCAAUGAUUACUCUGAAUCAUCUUUUAGCAUCGAGCGAGACGCUACCAGACGCAUCAGUUCUGAGUUUCAAUUACGGAAAGGAUACGAUCAGAUCUGUUGAUCCGGAGUACUCGAUCCGCUUCUCAUCCGAAGAUGCUUACCUUCUUGUUGGCUGCUUGGGUGGAUUGGGUCGAAGUCUAACGACCUGGAUGGUGGACCGAGGAGCCAAGCAUCUUAUUUUCAUUUCUCGAUCAGGCGCUGAUAAGCCGGUCGCCGCGAAACUCAUCGAAGACAUAAAGGCUGCAGCCAUUGAUGCCGUGACAAAGGGUGACGGAGCGAGAAAGAUUAAAGGUGUGGUCCAUGCAGCUAUGGUAUUGAACGACGUGAUGUUUCAUAACAUGACUCUCGACAUGUGGAAUGAUACACUCUCGCCCAAGGUUGAUGGAGCGCUGGCGCUUCAUGAGGCGCUAGCUUCGAACGGCAUUGAUGCAGAUCUUGAUUUCUUUGUCAUAACUUCGUCCAUCUCGGCCACAGCGGGACCUCCCGGCCAGACCAACUAUGCAGCUGCCAACUCCUUCCUGGAUAAUCUUGCCUGGAGCCGUAACUUGAGCGGGAAGCCUGGAACCUCUUUGGCACUGCCCAUGAUAAUAGGUGUAGGUGUCAUUGCUGAAAAGGAAAGUCAAGCCGCGCAGGCUCUGGUAACACGUCGAGGGCUUUAUGGUGACAAUGAACGAGAAAUGUUGCGAGGCUUCGGUGCAGCCAUGUCGCAACCCAGGCCAACUUUGGGUUCAGAACCACUAACUCAAGCCAAUGCGGCUAUUAUUAUGGGACUGGAUCCUACUAAGAUUGCAAGGUCAAUGCAUGCAACCCAGGAAACUGAAAACUCGGAUGUUGACUGGUUCUCUCUUGGCCGUUUCUCAGAAAUCAGAGCGCUAUCGGAGCUUUCACGCGGAGGCUCUUCCAGUUCCGCUAAUAAAAAAUCUGGCAAUGGUGCCAGCUUUGUUGAACAGCUAUCAAAUUUACACGCCAAACACGCUGAUCCGGCUGUAGCAUUAGAAUUUACCGCUCGUCACAUCAUGGCUAAAUGUAGCGCGAUCUUGAUGAUCCCCAUUGAAUCAAUGGAGCUUGACAGCAAGUCUCCAGGCGCGUACGGGUUGGAUAGUAUGAUUGGCGUUGAGCUUCGGAACUGGUUGUUCAAGGAGCUGGGUCUCAACAUCGCCUUCCAAGAUCUGCUAGCAACUACUUUGACAUUCCAAGCGUUGGCAGCUAAGGUGUUGGAAGUGCACGAGAUUGUAGUCUGA